ACAAUGUCAUCAAGUUCUCUGACAACAGCAGUGCAAUCCAGGGCAGGGAGAUUCUUUCACUGUGGCCAAGAGACCCAUCUCGCGCCAGCCCCUUUGAGAAGCGCACCUCCACUCGGCACGUCAUUUUCACAGCUGAGACCCACAAUUUCCCCACCGGCGUCGCUCCCUUCAGCGGUGCAACCACCGGAACGGGCGGGCGAAUCCGGGAUGUACAGUGCGCGGGGCGCGGGGCACACGUGAUCGCUGGCACGGCUGGGUACAGCUUUGGCAAUCUGAACGUCCCAGGAUACACGUUACCUUGGGAGGAUCCAACCCUGCCGUACCCAGGAAAUUUUGCCCGGCCUGUAGAGGUGGCCAUUGGAGCUAGUGACGGCGCUUCAGAUUACGGAAACAAAUUCGGGGAGCCUGUUCUGGCAGGCUUCGCACGCUCAUUUGGGCAGCGUCUGGCGGACGGUGAGCGGUACGAAUGGAUCAAGCCCAUCAUGUUCAGCGGGGGGAUCGGAGCCAUUGAGGACGCGCAUGUGCGCAAGGAAAUCCCACAGCCUGGUAUGGAUGUUGUGAAGGUGGGAGGUCCCGUCUAUCGAAUCGGAGUUGGGGGAGGAGCUGCUUCCUCCAUCCAGGUGCAAGGCGACAAUGCCAGCGAGCUGGAUUUUGGGGCGGUGCAGCGUGGGGACGCUGAGAUGGAACAGAAGAUGAAUCGGGUCCUGCGAGGUUGUGUGGAAAGUGGCGAGGACAAUCCGAUCUGCAGCUUGCACGAUCAGGGCGCUGGAGGGAACGGCAAUGUGCUAAAGGAACUGAGUGAGCCAGCUGGAGCCACCAUCUACGCCAGCCGCUUCCAGCUCGGAGACCCCACUUUGAGUGUCCUUGAGAUCUGGGGGGCAGAGUACCAAGAAUCCAACGCCCUCCUGCUCCGUCCCCGGGACGCUCCUUUCUUGCGCCGCUUGGCUGGCCGUGAGAGGUGCCCUGUUGAUUUUGUCGGCCGGAUUACAGGCGAUGGACGGAUCGUGCUGGUGGACGACACGAAGGUCCCGUCAAGCGAUGCGGAGCUGAAGGAAGGCCAAGCGGGAGGAAGGCCCACCCCUGUGAACCUGAAACUCGAAUGGGUUCUGGGGAAGAUGCCCCGCAAGGACUUCACUUUGAAGCGAGCGAUACGGAUCCUUCGGCCUCUGGACCUGCCCAGUGACCUUCGCGUGGCCGACGCCCUCCAGCGAGUCCUGAGGCUGCCGUCUGUGGCUAGUAAACGUUACCUGACCAACAAGGUCGAUCGCUCGGUGACGGGGCUAGUGGCUCAGCAGCAGUGCGUGGGUCCCCUGCACACGCCUCUGGCGGACGUUGCAGUAGUGGCCCUCUCGCCCUUUGAGAUAGUGGGAGGAGCCACAGCCCUGGGGGAGCAGCCUAUCAAAGGGCUCAUUGACCCAGCUGCCGGUGCUCGAUUGGCUGUAGCGGAAGCUCUCACCAAUCUGGUCUUUGCUCGGGUCACGGAACUGAAGGACGUGAAGUGCAGUGGGAAUUGGAUGUGGGCGGCCAAGCUCCCGGGCGAGGGAGCAGCCUUGGCCGAGGCCUGCGGGGCAAUGUGCGCCGUGAUGGGGGAACUGGGCGUGGCCGUGGACGGAGGCAAGGACUCGCUCAGCAUGGCAGCCCGGGUUGGCACGGAAACCGUCAAGGCGCCUGGGACUCUGGUUAUCUCAGCUUACGCCGUCUGCCCAGACAUCAGAUCCACUGUCACCCCUGAUCUUAAAUGUCCAGAAGGCAAGGGGACUUUGCUUCAUGUGGCAAUCAACCCGGAUCAACAUCGUCUGGGGGGCAGCGCUCUGGCCCAGUGCUACUCUCAGGUGGGGGAUGUUUGCCCGGACCUGGAUAGCCCCAGCACUCUCGUUUCUUGCUUCCGAGUUACCCAAGAGCUGCUGAAAGAUAAAUUGAUUUCCGCUGGACACGACGUGAGCGACGGAGGACUCUUGACUUGUCUGCUGGAGAUGGCUUUUGCGGGGAAUUGUGGAGCCCGCAUAGAGCUGGGCGCCCCCGGAGCCAACGCCCUGGAGGCGCUGUUUGCAGAGGAACCUGGCCUGGUUCUAGAGGUCCCCCCCGGAGCAACGGCUGACGUCUGCCGACGGUACCGAGAAGCCAGAGUGCGAUGCGUGCCGAUUGGCCAUUCGGGUCCUCCGGGGCCCAAUGCCGUGGUCCGGAUCACCGUAAACAGCCAGGAAGUCGUGGCUGAGAAAGUGGCGACGUUACGGGGCUGGUGGGAAGACACCAGCUUCCAGCUGGAGCGGCUGCAAGCCAACCCCGACUGCGUGGCCCAAGAAGAGGCGGGGCUGGCCAAACGCACCGAACCGACCUUCAUCAUGACCUUUAACCCUCACGAGGAGCUUCCCCUGCUACAAGAAAUAGCCAUGCCUGCUCCCCGUGUCGCCGUGCUCCGGGAGGAAGGAAGCAACGGAGACCGGGAAAUGGUGGCCGCUUUCCUCAUGGCUGGAUUUCAGGUCUGGGACCUCAACAUGGAAGAUCUGUGCUCAGGCAAGAUGUCUCUGGACUCCUUCCGAGGCCUGGUGUUCGUUGGAGGGUUCAGCUAUGCCGACGUGUUGGGCUCGGCCAAAGGCUGGGCGGCUUCCGUGACCUUCAACCCCCGAGCACGCGCUCAGUUCCAAGCCUUCCACCGUCGCAAGGAUACCUUCAGCCUGGGCGUGUGCAACGGGUGCCAGCUGAUGGCCUUGCUCGGUUGGGUCGGGACUGAGCACCCAGAGCCCGAAGUCGUGGCAGGUGGCUCGAUCAAACCGGGACUGCUGCUGAGCCCCAACAAUUCCGGUCGCUUUGAGUCCCGUUUCGUGACGUUGAACAUCGAGGAAAGUCCAGCGCUGAUGCUCCGGGGGAUGGCUGGCUCCACCCUGGGCAUCUGGGUGGCACACGGAGAAGGUCGGAUGCGGUUCCGCUCGCCUGAAAUCCUGGGUCGCAUGCGCUCCACCCGUCUGAUCCCGCUACGCUACGUGGAUGACCAGGGGCUGCCGACUGAGGAGUACCCCCUGAACCCCAACGGGUCCCCGUUAGGCAUUGCAGGCGUUUGUUCCCCUGACGGGCGCCACUUGGCCAUGAUGCCCCACCCUGAGCGCUGCGUCCUUCCCUGGCAGUGGGCCUGGAUGCCCGCCUCUUGGCGCCAAUCCCUGAAAGUCUCCCCGUGGCUACGCAUGUUCCAGAAUGCCUGUGAGUGGUGCUUGCGUUACCCUGCAGGCCAGCCUUGACCACACAUGCCCAGGCUUACUCAGCCCUUCUGGGGUAGCCCUAACACGAGCUGCUCUCAAUUAUAAGCUGUAUGGGACACUAAACAAUCUACCGCUUCCACUUUCCUUGCUCAAAGAGACCGUUUGAGAAAACAAGGAGAGGUGCCAUACUUCCACUGACCACUGAAGGUCGACAGUGCUCAGGAAGGAGCAAGUCUUCUUGGUUUUCUCUUUGCCGGAUCAUCAUGGGACCAAUGCAGUUUCCAAAGUGCAAAUAAAAGCAAACUAACUUCAGAAAUA